AUGGAGUCAAAGAUUAAGGAAUUAAUUGUUGAGGGUGCUAAAUAUACUGCAAGUUCAAAAUUCGAAAAUGCUGCUAAAUGUUACAUUGAAAUUUUAGAUUCAUUGAGAGGUGAAGAUCAGGAAGAUGAGGAGAUUGAUCCAGAAUAUCUACUAUUGUUAGCUAGUUGUCUUUAUGAGCUUGGUGUUGAAAGAAGUGGAAUGUUUGGUGAUGAUAAUGGAAUGCAAGGCUAUGACGAUAAUGGAGUUGAUCAAGAAGGUGAAAGCGAUGAGUCUGAUGAAGAGGGUGGCAGUGAUGAAGAAGAUGAGGAUGAUGGGAAUAAAAAGCCUAAGCUAAAUGAGAACCUAUAUCAGUUUGAUAAUGAAGAAGAGGAUUUAGCAGAAGAAGAAGAAGAAGAAGCUGCCAAAGAAGAGGAAGAAGUAGUAAGUGGUGAAGAAGAAAUGAGUGAAGAAGAAGAAGAGGAGGGAGAGGAAGAAGCCGAUCAAGAACCUUUGCCAUUUACUACUUUCAAGGACUACUUGGAAGGUGAUAUUUUCUAUAAUACAUUAGAAUUAUUACAAGUAGCACGUUCAAAUUUUGAAUUGCUACGAAAGACAAGUAAAGAUGAAAGAAAACUUAUUAAAAAAAUCGGUCAAACAAAUGAAUUAUUGGGUGAUGUCUACCAGGAAUUAGAACAAUUCAAAGAAUCAAUUGAACUAUAUGAAUCAUCAAUUGAAAAUUAUAAAUCAUUAGAUGAUGAGCAAAAUAUUGAAAUUCAAGAUAAGAUCAGCAGCAUCAUAUUCAAAUUGGUAGAAUCUCUAACAUGGUACCCUGACGAGAGUGGUAUAACCAGGACGCAACGUAUUGAGCUAUUGGAGUUUUCAAGGGAUUAUUUAAAGAAAUGCAUUGACCAGGCAAAGACAAAAAAUAUCGAAGAAUGUAAAAAUCAAUUAUCACAAAUCGAAGUGCUAUUAGACGAAUUGAAGACGGGAAAGAAAGAAGUUAAAGGACUAAACAAUGCCUUGAAAGAAGAUCUAGUGAAAAAUUUAGUUUUGAAAAGACUAAUGGGAUUUGAUAUACCUACUUCUGAAGACUCAGCUCAAAAUGUUAACGAUUUAACCUCAAUUGUGAAAAAGAAAAAACCAAGAAAUAAAUAA